AUGAUCGGCAAUGACACAAAGAUGAAAAGCUUCCUGAUCCUCGGAUUCCCUGGACUUGCACAACAGUAUUAUGGACUUGUGUCGACUGUUCUUUUUUUCUUUUACCUAGCUAUUGCAAUAGGAAAUAUUUUCAUAUUAGCAUUUGUGAUGUGUGAGAAGUCCCUCCAAAAACCAAUGUAUCUGAUCUUCUGUCAUCUGGCCCUAAAUGACUUAACAUUUGGCACUGUGACUCUACCAAAGAUCAUAUCAAAAUAUUGGUUUGGUGAUAGCAUCAUUUCAUUUUAUGGUUGCUUUACACAGAUGUUCUUUGUUCACUAUUUAGGAUCGGUACAGUCUUUUAUCUUAUUGGUAAUGGCUCUUGAUCGAUUUAUUGCAAUUUGUAUUCCACUGCGUUAUCCUGUCCUUAUUACAAACAAUAUCAUAUCUGUGCUCUGUGGCUUUGCCUGGUUUAUACCUCUGCCGCUGAUGAUAUCUAUUGUACUCCAUGUUCUCACAUUACCUUUCUGUAAAACUAACGUCAUUGCACAGUGCUACUGUGAUCACAUUUCUAUAACAAGUCAGGCAUGUGGUGAUGAUGUUAAAAUAGUUGCAGUCACGUCUCUGUGUAUAGCCAUGUUUUGUCUUCUGAUUCCUCUUGCAUUUAUCUUGUUUUCCUACAUUUCUAUCAUUGUUGUUAUUAUGAAAAUGUCCAAUGCUGCAGGCCGCAAAAAGACCUUGUCGACUUGUACCCCACAAAUAUUCAUCACCUGCCUUUUUUAUCUUCCCAGAUGUUUUGUUUAUGUGGCUAAUACUGUAGGAUAUGCUUUCAGUUUAGAUAUUCGCAUUUUAUUAAUACUGUUAUACAGUCUGUAUCCUGCUGCUGUCAAUCCAGCCAUAUAUUGCUUCAAGACUCAGGACAUCAAGCAGACUUUGAUAAAGAAGCUGAAAAGAACUACAGUUGGAAUAGAGAUAAAACUUGCAUAUUAA